CAAUUACCAAUCGCCACGUCGGAACGACGAUCGGUCAAAUGUCAGUUGACCAAGGGAUGAGGUUUUGACUUUUCUCAGUUUUUUAGCGCACCACCCAGUCUGCGAUGGUGAACACGAAGCCCACCAUGGAUUGGUCUCGUUGAGGUCAUUCUGAUCAUUCCUUCCCCGUACCUCUUUAACUCCCGUCCCGUUCUGUGGAUCUUGCAACCCAAUCUAUCCUUAUAAACCAAGGCGAGCAGCAAAACAGGGUGGGUGGCUUCUGCCAAGGGCCAGGAGGAGGAGAGCCAAGGCACAACCAAGGCCAUUGCUACAAAAGAGGGGAAAACUUUAACCUGUUUUUUAAACUUGAUAAUCACAUUAAGUUUUCUAGUUAUCUUUGUCCUAUUUCAAUGGUCAGAUGAUGCUUAAUACACUUAUCGAUACUUUUAUCAUUCCGCCCCAUCUGUUUCCUUCUAUUUAGCUUCCACUCGCUGAUUCUUAGUCUCACCUCUGUAGACAGCAUAUAGAAUGAGCUAAUUUGGCACAUACACUAUUUUGAAUCAGAUUCCUGUUCAUCAUUAUGAUUUGCCUUUCUUCAUUCAUGCUAUCCACCAUUCCCCUGCCAAGAAUCCUGACCAAUAACACCACCAAAAUUUUUCAUCAAUUUCCUUGUAAAAAUUUCUCUACUCCAUAUGUCUCACUGCCUACCAGUAAGUUUCGUUAUGCUAUGUCUUCUCCUUGGUCGGCAACAGUUGCCCUUCAGGGAGAUGUUGAAGAGAGUGGUCAACAACCAAAACCAAAGUGGUCUGACAUAGGACCUGACAUAACAGAGGCCCAAAAACAGGCUAUCUCUCAACUUCCUCUGAAGAUGACUAAACGCUGCAAGGCCCUCAUGAGACGCAUCAUAUGCUUCUCUUCUCAAGAUGAAAACCUGUCUUUCCUGUUGGCUGCAUGGGUAAAGGUCAUGAAGCCUAGGAGAGCUGACUGGUUGUCAGUUCUCAAAGAAAUGAAGAGAAUGGAAAAUCCUCUGUUCAUGGAGGUAAUGGAAUACGCCCUACUGGACGACUCUUUUGAAGCUAAUGUACGUGACUACACCAAAUUGAUUGACGCAUAUGCAAAGCAUAAGCUUUUGCAAAAUGCUGAGAAUGCAUUCCAGGCCAUGAAAAAUAGAGGUUUUCCAUGUGAUCAGGUCACCCUCACCGUCCUAGUUGACAUGUACAGCAAGACCGGAGACCUUGAUCGGGCCAAGGAAGCAUUUGAAGAUAUCAAAUUGCUUGGCCUACCUUUAGAUAAAAGAGCUUAUGGCUCAAUGAUUAUGGCAUAUAUUAGGUCUGGAAUGCUCGAGCAUGCAGAGAGUUUACUAAAAGAAAUGGAGGCCCAAGAGAUUUUUGCAGGAAGGGAAGUUCACAAGGCCUUGCUUAGAGCUUAUUCCAUCACUGGCAAUGCUGACGGGGCAGAAAGAGUGUUCGAGACCAUACAAUUUGCAAGAAUAGUUCCUGACAGUAAACUCUGUGCUCUUCUAGUGAAUGCUUAUUGUGUGGCAGGUCAGAGCGAGAAAGCUCGCAGUGUAUUGGAGAACAUGAGGAGUGCUGGGCUGAAACCAAGCGACAAGUGUGUUGCCUUGAUGUUGGGUGCUUAUGAGAGGGAGAACAGCCUUGACAGAGCACUAGCCUUUCUGAUAGAGAUGGAGGGUGAUGGUGUAGUGCUUGGCCCAGAAGCAUCACAAGUCAUGGCGGGCUGGUUCCAUAAACUCGGCGUGGUGGACGAAGUGGAGCAGGUUCUGAGAGAAUUUUCCGAGCGAGAAGGAAAACAGAAACUGCAUUCGUUAUAGUGUUUCUUAAAUAGGUUGUAAGAGUUUUGAAAUGGAUGCUAGUUGCAGUGAACAAGUGUAUUGUGCUUGAUGUCACUUCGAGGCACAUGAAAAUAGUUGGUCCAAAUAGCUCCUACAAUGUUCUCUGACUUCGAUUUGCCCAAUCAUUUGAGAAGAGUUUGGGGAUGAAAUAAGAGCUAAACAAGCUAUUCAAGUCAUCAUGUACACCUUGUUGUUGGCAUUGUCUUCUAGUAUAUCAUCUGAUGGAUGAGCUCUGAUUAGGGAAUAAUCUGUGUUUUAUGUGUCACCUGCCAUAUAGGAAGCUGGUUCGGUGUAGCCAGCUUCUAGCAGCCUCAUGAUGCUAGCCUGGCUAAAUCGGUAUAACCUACCAUGCCUUCGCCAAUAUAUGUGCAGGUGCUGUUGUUUCAAACUAUAGAAUGGUAAUAUGAUGCUGCCACCCAAGUUGUGCCUUAU